UUGAACGCGUUCACAACCAGUAAAACGCAAGUAUCGUAACGGUUUUGAGGUAACCUAAGUUGGCUGCGAAAAAAUAUCCAAGUGCCGACAAUGGCCAAACGUUCAAGGUUGACUAACGUAUCGAAUAAUUUCCUCAAUGUAGAAGUAAAAGACGAAAUAGCGGAUGAUCCAGAUUUAAUUCACGAGGAAUAUCCAGUCGGGGUUGAAGAGUCUAGUCUUCAGCAUGGCACAACCUCGAGCACUGGGUGCUGCAUCAACUUAUGGACCCCCGAAGCUACGAGAUGCCUCAUAAAGCUCUACAAAAAAUACAUAAACGGAGUUGGAAGACCUCCUAUGAAGAGUCUGAAGGACAUGUUUGAAAAGAUAUCUUGUGAAUUGCGUAUCCUAGGACACGACUACUCAACUCAGAAAGCUGAGAAUAAGUGGAGGGUUUUGGAGAGGAAGUACAAGAGGCAUAAAGCUAUGAUGGAAAAAACAAGCGGUAGAAUACCCACAAAACUACGAAGAAGUUUGUACUUCGAGCAUAAAGAGGAAUUGGAUGACAUUUUUGGGCCAAUUGCUCGAGUGACUAAACCCCUAACUGAUGAUAAUCCUGAGACAACAGAAAAUAUUGAGAAAGUUACACAGGCUGAGGAUAAUGCUUCGUUGGGGAGUCAAAUGGAUGAUAAAUCCUCAGGAGAUUUAAAUUCCAAAAUUAUACAGAAAGCUCUCGACCGAUUGACGUCGCGAUUAGGAACAUAUUUUACUCAGAUGGAGAGGAAUAAUGAAAGGAGACAUGAAGAAAUGACCGCCAUAAGACUGAAUGAACUCGAAAUCCAAAGGCAGAUGUUGGAGGUCAGGAGGGAAGAACUCCACCUGAGAAAGCAACAGUUGAACCUUUCGAAAGACGGGGAUGUAAACGCAGAAGAAAGCAUUUUAUCCUGAAAAUUAUUGUGACAUUAAUUAGGCCAUAGAUUAUUUUUUGUUAUUGUUUUAUGAAUAAA